GGGGAAUUGAUCAUGUCUUCGGAACAUGGAGCUAACAAACGGCAUCAUAACCCAGUGGACAGUAUAUGCAGAAAGAUCAAAUCUAUCCAAAUGAUGGACCAAGUCUCUAACCCUGCUUUGCAGAUACCAAAAUUUCAGUCCCAGAACUUUGACAGUCCACAGUGCAAUAUCAAAAAAAAUCUAGAAGAAAUACUGAAGAAAAGAACUUUUAGAAGUCGUGAUAGUACUGGUCCACACUUAAUCAGUCCCAGCAGUGGCAGUGUUUUCUCUGCAGACUUUCAGUUGCUGUCGCCUUGUCUUGGGCGUAUCUCUGACUCCUGUUCUGCAAAUGCUACAUAUUCAAUCAUUAAAAGUGAAGAGAGGUCCAGCAACUCAUGGAUGCCAGUAUGCCCCAUGGAGAACUGUUCUCCAUCCUACUUCAGAUCCAGAGAGGCUAAUACCCAGAACAAACUGUGUGCUUUAUCAAAUAUUGAAUCUAAAGAUGUGCCUCGUGAACAGAAGUAUCUUACGUCAAGUCCAAAUUUAUAUUUCUUCACAUCUGAUAAGUCAGAAAGUGCUGUGAUCCAAUCUCCUGUGCCAAGGAGAUUAUCUUCGAGUGACAGAGGAUGGAAGCAGUCACUGGGGUACAAAGCUGACAACGUGUAUGAUGUGAGCUUGAUCUGUGAAGAAGACCUACUGACCACUAUCUUCUGUGCAUGUGACAUAGAGCAUACAGGAAAAGUAGCAGUUUCCAAGAUAGUUGAUUAUUUGAGACAUACAACUAGUCGGGGAUUGGAAGAUAGUGGUCUUGAAGAGCUGUGCAACAUGCUUGACCCAGAUCAGAAAGAUGUCUCCAUGGACCUGGAAACAUACCAUGCCAUCAUGAAAGAGUGGAUUGAAGACUGUAAGAGAAAAUGGGAAGAUGGUGCCACUGAGGAAGCAACAGCAAGCAUGGAACACCUGGAAUUUAAAGUGCAUAAAAACACUUCUGAAGCAAAAAAGACCCAUGUCCGGAUGAAUGUUACAUCAGGAAGCUUGGAAGCCUUUGGGGGUGACGUGUCUAAAGGAGACAUGGAGACUUCUGACUUGAUAACCUGUGUUGCGGACCUGCAGUACAACAACCAGAGGCUUCAGGAAGAGAACAACAAGCUGAAGCUCACACUGGAAGCUGUGGAUGAGACCAACAAUAAGCUGUUGGUGGAUAAUGAGGAUCUACGUCAACAAAUAAAAAGCAUCCAGCAUUCUGUGCUGAAAGCCAAAUCACUGGAAGAAGAACUAGAAGAAGCAAAAAACAACCUGAACCUGUCAGAAGAGAAGAGACAGCAGAUUCUCUGCCAGAACAAACAGCUAGAAAAAGAAAAUCAGUCUCUUAUCAUCAAAAUUACUUCUCUCCAGGAAGAGAAUAUUAGGAAUAGCAUGGACACCGAUGGACUUCAAAAGAAGAUUUUGGAGCUGUCUAAAAAUGCAGCAGAGCUUCAAAUCCAAGCACAUAUCUAUGAGAGCACUGUGGUGAAUAAAGAGGCAAGCUUGAUCCAGAAGGAGCAGGACAUCAAAGAACUGAAGUUAACCAUUGUGGAGUGUUCCUCGAUAAUAGAGACUUUGCGGGCAGAAAAAAGUAAGCUACUGGAGAACAUGCAACAUAUGCAGCAAGAGCUGAUCUCAAAUGGGUUGAGUUUCCCAUUGUUGUGUAAAUUCAACAGUAAUAUUCCUGAAGGGACGAAUUCACUGCACUGUGAACUGGAACUUGCUCAGUCUUCUGAGAUUACCAAGUCUGAAUGGACAUCCCUGGAUGAAACACUAGACCGUGAAGUGCUGUUUUUACUUCAGGGACCUGAAUAUGCGGGAGAAAAAUUUAAGACUGUCAUGCAAAACCUGCAAGAGGAAGCCUCUGAAGCAGAGGAGCUUGUCAUGACUUCUUUACAAUGGGUAAAAGAUCCUGAUGUGAACAUGCAACAGGCUUGGGAAAGAAAACUUCUGGUUCUCAAGCAGGAACUAGGAGAAAAAAUACACCUUUGGAUCCAGAAACUUCAUCUCUUGGAAAAAUACAAAGAAUCCCUAGAUAAGGAUUUUAUUCGAAUGGCAGGCAACCUGAGGAGAACCAAGACAGAACAACUUCACCUAAGGAAAGAGCUCUCUGCCAGGCAACGUGAGAUAGAAACUGUCAAACAGUUACAAGAAGAAACUUCUGGCCAGGCAGAAGCCCUUGGUUUAGAGCUGCAAAAAGCUACAAAGCAGCUGGAGGAUGCCAGCAAACAGGCAGAGGAUCAAGUUGAAGGCUUUCACUCUGCUUGUGAGGAAGCUGCAUCCUUGAAAUGCAAGUUAGAGGAAGCCAUUUCUGAGCAGCAAAAACUCAAGGAUGUGAAUGCAGCUUUAACAAGCACUUGCCAGUUGCUUCAAGAAAAGGUGGAAGACCAGAAAACAACUGCUAAUACGCUGAGAUGGGAACUGCUUCAAAGGCGACUCUGUGAAUUGCUGUGUCAGUGCUGUGCAGAGUUAGAAUCUCACUACGGUCUGCUGUCCACAUCAGAUGAGCCGGUGAAAGGCAAGCUCCAUUGCUCUAAACGACUGUGGAGUGAAGGACCCACCUUGUGCACUGAACUUCCCAGGACACUGCCCUCGGAUAUUUCACACUGGCGUAGUACAUCUCUGCUAGAUGCUCUGACCUUGGAAACCUCAUGCCCAAAUAACUCCUCUGUGCACGACUGGGGUCAGCCUUGUAGACGGAGCUCUGGCAGCUGCACGUUUGAAAGCUGCGAUCUGGGACACGCAUCCGCUUCAGAUGUGACGUCAGUGGGGUGCAAGUGGAAAAUAUGCUCUGCUGGUAACUAUACUGAUGCAGAUCUUCCUGUUUCCAUUACAAUGAUGGACUCCUCGCUUAUUGAGAUUGACUGUGCAGAGCCAACACUACCAGCCAGUCUGAUCCCAUCCAGUGAUCGCUUCACAUCACCCCAAGAAGUUCUUACACCCUCUUUGGAAAGCACUGCACCAGUAACGGGCUGCCUUGUUAUGGAGGAAAAAUCACCCAAGUGCUCACGUGAAAAAGAGGAAGAUGUGCCAACUUCCGUAGCAAUGGAGAAAAACAACAAUAAGUAUCCGGCUGGUCCUGUAUCAGGAGCGGAUCUGACCAAGAAGGAAUUCUGUCCUGUGAUGGAAGAACACAAAACCGCAUUUCAAAAUGUUCUGAAGCAAGACCUGGAGGCCGACCAGGAAAAGAAAAAUAAUAAAGACCAGAGUGAGCAAGCACCAGCUGUGGUUCCCAGUAGGAAAGGGAGUUCACCCACUGCAGGUGGCAUUAAAGGAGAAAAAACAAAGCAAAAUGAGCCUGACUCCCCUAAUGAGAAAGAAGUGGAGGCUGAAUUUCUGAGGUUAUCUUUAGGUUUUAAAUGUGACUUGUUUACCUUGGACAAGAGAGUGAGGCUUGAAGAAAGGUCCCGAGACCUGGCUGAAGAAAAUUUGAAAAAGGAGAUCACAAAUGCUCUAAAGAUGUUAGAGGCUUUAGUUCCUUUGUGUGAAGAAGAUAACCAAGCGCAGGAGAUUAUUAAGAAGUUGCGGAAAAGCCUACAGUUCCUUAGCCAGUAUGCAGCCCGAGUCGCCAGUAGAGCAGAGAUGUUGGGCGCCAUUAAUCAGGAGAGCCGUGUCAGCAAGGCUGUGGAAGUAAUGAUUCAACAUGUGGAAAACCUGAAGCGCAUGUACGCAAAAGAACAUGCAGAACUUGAGGAGCUGAAACAGGUCCUGCUCCAGAAUGAGAGAUCCUUUACUGCUCUUGGAGAUCGAGACGAAUCUACAAAUAAAAAGCUACCAAAUUCUUUUAACUUUAAGCCAUCAUCAUCCCUACGAAGAGUUAGCAUUGCAACAUUGCCUAGGAGUGCUGGAAAUGCAGGUAUUGGGUUGCCGCUGGCCCAACUCCAUGAACCUGAUGGAGAUGAACGGAGUGACAAAUUCAACAGGAGAUCAAGCAGUUGGGGACGACUAGGAGCAAAGCAAAAUGAGAAGCGUCCUUCACUACAGCGGUUCAUUAGCACAUAUUCCUGGGCAGAGUAUGAAGAUGAACAUUCUGAAACAAAAAAUGAGCAGUCGGAAUCACCUGCUGAAGUACAAGAAGAAACAUCCAGGAAGGAAAGUAUCUCUGAAAAAGGAAAAUUUUCAUCAAAAUGGAACCUAGAGUCAGCGUGCAAUUUAGUGUCAUCGUGGGCAUCUCAUUUCAAGACUUCCUUUUCCAACGCUAACAAAACUCUCUGGGUUUCUGUUUCCAUCCUGGUACUGCUUGCUGCUCUUACAAGCUUCCUCACUGGGCUGUCUCUUCAAAGACCAGCAGAUGCAGCACCUGUAGGAACUGGGGACUCUUGGACUUCACUACAGCAACUGUUGUGGCCAUAUACAGGACUUCAACACAAUGGACCACCCCCAGUAUAACAAAGGUUCUGACUUUUGUAGUUAUACUUCCAAGUUCUGGAUGACAGUAUGAGAAGCUGAGAUAGUGUAUUUAAGGUUACAUGUUUGGGUUUGUUUUGUUGGGUUGUGGGUGUUUUUUGGGGAGAUGAUUUUUUUUUUUUUUUUUUCUUUAAA